AUGACAGCCAAGACAGUAUGUGAUGUGGCAGUCCCACUCACAGCAAAUAUCAUAUCCAGCAUUCAGAAACCACCGGCUGAAGGAAUAUUUGAACUAAAACAGAACAUGGUGGAAUUGUUACACUCUAAUGGGCAAUUUACAGGUUUGCCUCAUGAAGAUCCUCAAGUUCACAUCCAGAACUUCUUAGAUAUUAGUGACACUUAUACACCUAAUGGGGUAUCUCCUGACUAUGUGAGGUUAACAUUAUUUCCCUUUUCUUUAUUGGAGGAAGCUAAGAGGUGGUUGAAGUCAGAACCACCAAAUUCAAUCACUUCCUGGAAUGAUUUGGCUUGUGGACAGACAUUGGAGAAAAUCUAUGAUGAGAUAUAUACAUUAUUGAAUUGCAUAUCUCAAGGAAAUCCUAAGUGGAAUGGAGGAAAUUCUAGACCUGUGGUUCAAAAGCAAGCAGGCAUGUUAGAAGUCGAUGUGGUGACAACUUUGACAGCAUAG